GGAAAAUCACCCUCCGAUACUACAGAUAGUUCGAGUUAAAGCCUCAAAGCCAGGUAAAAAUCUAGCAAUAGAAGAAAAACCCCAACAAUCGCCGCUCUCCAUCUCUCCAACAUUUCUCAAAAGCCACAAAAACCCUCACACCCAAACUCACCCCCCUUCUCCACCAUGGCGACCAACACUCCCAACCUAGAGUGCCGCAUGUACGAGGCCAGGUACCCAGAAGUUGACCAGGCAGUGAUGAUUCAAGUCAAGAGCAUGGCCGAUAGCGGCGCGUACGUCUCUUUGCUCGAGUACAACAACAUUGAGGGCAUGAUUCUCUUCUCAGAGCUCUCUCGACGUCGGAUUAGGAGCAUCAGUAGCUUGAUUAAGGUGGGUCGAAUCGAGCCGGUGAUGGUUCUUCGAGUUGAUAAAGAAAAGGGCUAUAUUGAUUUGAGUAAGAGAAGGGUUUCUGAAGAGGAUAUUCAGGCGUGUGAGGAGAGGUACAAUAAGAGCAAGCUCGUUCACUCCAUUAUGCGUCAUGUGGCCGAGACUAUGAAGCUCGAUCUUGAGGAUCUGUAUAUUCAUGUUGGCUGGCCUUUAUACCGGAAAUAUGGUCAUGCUUUUGAGGCAUUCAAGUUAAUUGUGAACGAUCCUGACUCAAUUCUCAAUUCUCUCACCCGGGAAGUUAAAGAAAUUGGUCCUGAUGGACAGGAGGUCACUAAAGUGGUUCCUGCUGUGACUGAGGAAGUUAAAGAUGCUUUAAUUAAAAACAUUAGGAGAAGGAUGACUCCACAACCAUUGAAGAUUCGCGCUGAUAUCGAGAUGAAAUGCUUUCAGUUUGAUGGUGUUCUUCAUAUUAAGGAAGCCAUGCGGAAAGCUGAAGCAGCAGGGAAUAAGGAUUGCCCUGUUAAAAUUAAACUUGUUGCUCCUCCAGCAUACGUCCUUAAUACUCAGACUCUUGACAAGGAACAAGGGAUAGCGAUUCUUAAUAAAGCAAUUGCUGCUUGCACUGAAGAAAUAGAGCGUCACAAGGGGAAACUAGCUGUAAAAGAGGCAGCCAGAGCUGUGAGUGAACGGGAGGAUAAACAACUUACCGAGUACAUGGAAAAGAUAGGGCGUGAAAACGAGGAGAUUGGCGGUGAUGAAGACAGUGAGCAGGAGGAAGAUACAGGGAUGGGCAAUAUUGAUUUGGAGAACUCGAAUUCUGGCAUAACAGAUUGAGAAAAUGGCGUAAUACCCUUGAAAAUACUCGAAUUCAUAGCUAGUUGUCUUUUUUUCUUUUUUCUUUUUUUUUCACAGUAUUUUGGAAUGAGUGUAUUACUAAGUUAUUUUGAUUGUUUUCCAAUGUUUGAGCAGUUUUCCUACUUUUUUUUCCCCCGAUGGUUGUUUUCCUAAACAAUAGCAAACGUUUUGCCGGUGUCUGGAAAAUGCAGUAUACCACCGUAUUCUCUCUCUUUC